AUGAAGCUCAUCUUCCCCACCCUGCUGACCCUCCUGGCCCUUGGGCUGUGCCUGGCUGCCCGGAGGAAGAGCGUUCGGUGGUGCACCAUAUCACAAGCAGAGGCUGCGAAAUGCUCGAAACUCCAGCAGAACCUGAGAAAACAGCCCGGCCCUCGUGUCUCCUGCGUUAAGAAAACCUCCUACACAGAAUGCAUCCAGGCCAUCGCGGCGAAGAAGGCGGACGCCGUGACCCUCGACGGCGGGCUGGUGCUGGAGGCAGGCCUGGAGCCCUAUAAACUGCGGCCCGUGGCAGCGGAGGUCUACGGAACCGAAACAGACCCCCAGACCCAGUACUACGCCGUGGCCAUAGCGAGGAAGGGCAGCGGCCUUCAGCUGAGCCAGCUGCGCGGCGUGAAGUCCUGUCACACCGGCUUGAACAGGUCCGCGGGGUGGAACAUCCCCAUGGGCACACUCCGUCCCUACCUGAACUGGACAGGGCCACCCGAGCCCCUUCAGCAAGCUGCGGCCAGCUUCUUCUCCUCGAGCUGUGUUCCCUGCGCGGAUGGGAAACAGUACCCCAACCUGUGUCGCCUGUGUGCGGGGACAGGGGAAAACAAAUGCGCCUGCUCCUCCCAGGAACCGUACUUUGGCUACUCGGGUGCCUUCAAGUGUCUGAAAGACAGAGCUGGAGACGUGGCUUUUGUCAAGGACAGCACAGUGUUCGAGAACCUGCCAGACAAGGCUGAGAGAGACCUGUAUGAGCUGCUCUGCCUAGACGAUACUCGGAGGCCAGUGGAUGAGUACAGGGACUGCCACCUGGCCCGGGUCGCGUCGCAUGCUGUUGUGGCCCGAAGUGUGGGUGGCGAGGAGGACUUGAUCUGGGCGCUUCUCCGCCAGGCACAGGAGAAGUUUGGGAAAGGCAAGUCACCAGCAUUCCAGCUCUUUGGCUCCCCUCCGGGGCAGAAGGACCUGAUGUUCAAAGAUAAUGCCCUAGGGUUUUUGAGGAUCCCCUCGAAGAUAGAUGCCGGCCUGUACCUUGGUUCCAGCUACGUCACUGCCAUCAAGAGCCUGAAGGAAACGACGGCCGAGGUGGAGGCGAGGCGCACGCGGGUCGUGUGGUGCGCGGUGGGCCCCGCGGAGCUGCGCAAGUGCCAGCAAUGGAGCAGCCAGAGCCCCGGGAGAGUGGCCUGUGCCAGUGCCACCACCACCGAGGACUGCAUCGCCCUGGUCCUGAAAGGAGAAGCUGAUGCCAUGAGUUUGGACGGAGGGUCUAUCUACAUUGCGGGCAAAUGUGGUCUGGUGCCUGUCCUGGCAGAGAGCCAAAAAUCUGAAGAAAGCAGCAACCGGGACUGUGUGAACAGACCAGUGGAAGGGUAUCGGGCCGUGGCGGUUGUCAAGAAAUCAAACACUGGCUUCAACUGGAAUUCUCUGCGAGGCAAGAAGUCCUGCCACACGGCUGUGGACAGGACCGCAGGCUGGAACAUCCCCAUGGGGCUGCUUUUCAACCAGACAGGCUCCUGCAGGUUUGGUGAGUUCUUCAGCCAGAGCUGUGCCCCCGGGUCAGACCCGAACUCCAAUCUCUGCGCCCUGUGUGUUGGCAACGACGCGGGCAAGAACAAGUGUGUCCCCAACAGCAAUGAGCGAUACUAUGGCUACACUGGGGCUUUCAGGUGCUUGGCUGAGAACGCCGGAGAUGUCGCCUUUGUGAAAGAUGCCACCGUCCUGGAGAACACGAAUGGAAAAGGCACUGAAGAGUGGGCUAAGGCCUUGAAGCUGGAGGACUUCGAGCUGUUGUGCCUUGAUGGCACCCGGAAGCCUGUGACUGAGGCUAAGAGCUGCCACCUGGCCCAGGCCCCGAAUCACGCUGUGGUGUCGCGGCCGGAUAAGGUAGAACACCUGGAGCAGGUGCUGCUCGACCAGCAGGCUAAGUUUGGAAAAAACGGACGCGACUGCCCCAGAACAUUUUGCCUGUUCCAGUCGGAAACCAAAAACCUUCUGUUCAAUGACAACACCGAGUGUCUGGCCAAACUCCAGGGCAAAACCACGUAUGAGAAAUACUUGGGAGCAGAGUAUGUCGCGGCUGUCGCUAACCUGAGACGGUGCUCCACCUCCCCACUUCUGGAAGCCUGUGCCUUCCUGAGGCGGUAA